AUGUUUACGAUAUAUGUGGUGGCCACGUUUGGGUUUCUAGCGGUGGGAAUCGCUGUGUGCUCGUGCUACCAGAACAAGGAGUCGUGUCCGGUGAAGCAGAGAUGGACUUGCUCGACGAGGAAAUGUAUUGAGCCGAGCAAAGAUACAGGCAUCUACAACAUGGAGGUUGACGAGGAUGUUUCCAGCGACGAAAGUUCUGAUGACGAGAAGUAUAGCGACGACGAGUGA